AUGCGCCAACGGGGAACCCGCGGACUCGAGCCAGCGCUGGGCGAACUGCUGGAGGUUUGGAGGGAACCUGUGCCGCGCACAUCGAUGGAUGCUGUGCGCGGUGCUGCCGAUGGCACUCUGGCCGGAUUUGAAUCGUUGGAGGCCAUGUUGCAGCACUAUGUGCCAGAAGACAAAUUGCCAGAGGUUCUGCGCGUCCUGCAUGGAUCCAACAUGGGAGCGGCUGUUCGCCAAUUGGCUAUCGAUGGGGUACUGAAGGCAGCGGCCGUGCAGAAGGGAUUCGACCUGCAAGCAUUUGCGUUUGGUGCUGCGUUGGAGGAAUUCCGACCACCAAGGAUUGUCAAGAUUGGGCUCAUUCAGAACAGUAUCUGCCAAUCUACAGAUGAGCCCUUUGAUGUUCAGCUCAAGGCAAUCAUGGCCAAGGUUGGGGAGCUGAUCGAUACAGCAGGGACCUUGGGGGUGAACGUGCUGUGCUUGCAAGAGGCGUGGAGCAUGCCAUUUGCCUUCUGCACACGCGAGAAGCGCUGGUGCCAGUUCGCCGAAGACGUUGAGGGCAGCUCGUCUGUGGCACUUUGCCAAGAGCUGGCUCGCAAGUGGAACAUGGUCAUCGUGUCACCCAUUCUGGAAAGGGACAGUGUGCAUGGGGGCGUGCUGUGGAACACUGCUGUUGUGGUGGGCAACAAGGGAAACGUCAUUGGGAAGCACAGGAAGAACCACAUACCUCGUGUGGGUGAUUUCAACGAGUCAACAUACUACAUGGAGGGCGACACUGGCCACCCCGUCUUUCAAACCGCGUUUGGCAAGAUCGGCAUCAACAUCUGUUAUGGCCGACAUCAUCCCCAGAAUUGGAUGGCAUUCGGACUCAAUGGGGCCGAGAUCGUGUUCAACCCUUCUGCCACAGUUGGUGCUUUGAGUGAGCCCAUGUGGAGCAUUGAGGCCAGGAAUGCUGCAAUCGCCAACAGCUAUUUUGUUGGCGCCAUCAACCGUGUGGGGACCGAAACAUUCCCUAACGAAUUCACCUCAGGGGAUGGCAAGCCUGCCCACAAGGACUUUGGCCAUUUUUAUGGUAGCAGCUACGUUGCGGCGCCAGAUGCUAGUCGCACACCUUCAUUAGCGAGAAACAAGGAUGGACUGCUGGUUGCCGAAUGCGACCUCAAUUUGUGCCGACAGGUUAGCGACUCGUGGGGAUUUCGCAUGACUGCACGGUAUGGCGUUUAUGCCGAGUUAUUGAAACGUUACUGCUCUCCUGAUUUCAAACCGCAAGUCAUCCAGGAUCCUGCUUUGGGCAGCUCGACAUCGACCUGA